AUGUGAAUUUCAUUACCCUUUAUUUUUAAUAAAAUAUUAAAAACUUUGGACGGGCGGUGGGUUUCCAGAUGUAGUGGUCCUUUCCCGUAGUGGUCCUUUCCCUUUAGGAAAGAGUAGGCGUCUCUCGCCAAUACCACUACCAAGAGACUAAUAUCCCCUAAUCCUCUUCAUUAAUUUAAAAAACAAAUUCAGCCAGGCAACCUCUACUUCAAAGCUUCAACGUCUAAAAAAACCAAAAAAGAAAGCUUCAACGUCUAUUGCGAUCUGUGUCAAGUCGGAAUCUGUAGUGGUGUUUGUAAGGGAGAAACUACUUGAUGCUGUUGCUUUCAAUACUACUCUACUCGGUCAAAGCUUCCCAACCGCAAUGAAAUCAUCAUACGGCACUAAUGGGUAUGUUGUCGGACUUGACCUCAGCAGCGAGUUUGUUUCAUGCAGAAUUGACAAUUCCAGCAGUCUCUUCCAACUUCAACAUCUUGAGAGCCUCAAUUUGGCCAAUAACGUCUUCAAUGGCUCUCAAAUUCCAUCUGCAAUCGGAGAGCUUACAAAUCUGAGGUAUCUAAAUUUAGCCCAUGGUUUCUAUUCCGGGCAAAUUCCCAUUGAGAUUUCACGCUUGGCAAGGUUGGUAAGUCUUGAUCUCUCUAGAAAUAGCUAUGAUGGGGUUUCGUUAAAACUUGAAAACCCAAAUUUAAGCAUGCUAAUUCAGAACCUCACAGAGCUUACAGAGUUAUAUCUUGAUUCAGUAGAGAUAUCAGGACAGGGGAGUGACUGGUGCGAAGCCAUAUCAUCUUCACUGCCAAAUCUGAGGGUGUUGAGCUUGUCUUUUUGUGGUCUUUCAGGCCCUAUAUGUGACUCCCUUGCAAAGCUCCAAUCUCUGUAUGAGAUUGACUUGGGAAAUAACUCGUUCUAUGCUCCGGUUCCAAGAUCCUUUGCCAAUUUUUCAAACUUGACUUCGUUGAGUCUCUUUGGUUGUAACUUGCUGGGAAUAUUUCCCAAAGAGGUCUUUCUUAUUCCUUCCCUACAAACCAUUGAUAUUUCUAGUAAUCCGGAACUUGGUGGUUCCUUUCCAGAGUUUCCAAAGAAUAGGACAAAACUUUCAACCAUAUCUCUUUCACAUUGCAAUUUCACUGGAUCCCUCCCCAUGUCAAUUGAGAACCUUACCCAAUUGGUUGACCUGGAUGUGUCAUGGAACAGGUUCAAUAGUCCUAUCAGUCCUGUUCACUGGGAAGCCCUUGUUAAUCUGAGAAGCCUUGACUUCAGCAACAAUCUACUCCAUGGGAGUAUUCCAUCAUCUAUUGUUUCUCCUCCCUUGCUGGUUGCAUUAGCACUUUCUAAUAAUCAUUUCUCUGGUCAAGUCCCUGAAUUUUUCAAUACAUCUUCACAGUUACUUCGGAACCUUCUUUUGGGAAACAACAAUUUGGAAGGAGAAAUACCAACAUCUAUUUUUAAUCUUAAAGGGCUUAUGUAUCUUGAUCUUGCUUCAAACAACUUCAGUGGCUUCCCUUUCAGUGGCCCUCAGCAGCCUAGAACUCUUUCAUUUCUUGAUCUUUCCCACAAUAGCUUGUUGUUUGAUUAUAAUGGUACCAGUUCCCCCUUCCUUCAGAUUGAGAACUUGCUAUUGGCUUCUAACAAGUUGGUAGGACUCCCAGAUUUCUUAAAAAAUCAAUCCACACUUUCGAAAUUAGACCUUUCGGGAAACCAGAUUCAAGGCCAGAUACCUAAUUGGAUUUGGGGGCUCAAUUCUCUUGGACUCCUAAAUCUCUCUUAUAAUUCCAUUGUAAAUCUAGAACCUCUUCUUCCUAAUUCUACUUUUACUUUGUUUUCUCUUGACCUUAAUUUCAACAAGAUUCAGGGUAUCCACUCCUCAUAUGCCUUCCUUCAGAUUGGCCGCUUGGGUUUAGCUUCUAACAAGUUGAGAACAUUCCCAGACUUCUUGAGAAAUCAGUCCACAUUAAAUUACUUGGACCUUUCAAAUAACCAAAUUCAAGGCCAGAUACCCAAUUGGAUUUGGAGGCUCAAUUCUCUUCAAGAACUGAAUCUUUCUUGUAACUCCUUGGAAACUCUUGAAGCUCCAUUACCUAAGGCUAAUUCUUCUACUGUUGUGACGUCACUUGAUCUUCAUUCAAACCAGCUUCAGGGACAAAUCCCAUUGUUCCUACCAUUUGCCCAUUUUCUGGAUUACUCAAGAAAUAAUUUUAGCUCUAGUCUACCAGCUGACAUUGGCAGUUUUAUCUCUCAAACUAAUUUCCUCUCUCUGUCAAGAAAUAACUUGCAUGGAACCAUUCCAAGAUCAAUUUGCAAUACAACUGGUAUGGUUCUAGAUCUGUCCUAUAAUUCUUUGAGUGGUAUAAUUCCGCAAUGCUUGACUCAACUUCCGCUUUCAGUCCUUGAUUUAAGGACAAACAACCUCACUGGCUCUAUUCCUGAUAAUUUUCUUGAGCAUUGUAAGCUACAAACUCUUGAUCUCAGCAGAAAUAAUAUACAAGGCCAGUUUCCGAAAUCUCUUGUCAACUGCUCAAGUUUAGGGGUUUUAAAUCUCAGAAACAAUCAGAUAACAGAUACUUUUCCGUGCCUGUUGAUGACCAUAUCCACCUUGCGUGUCCUUGUUUUAAGAUCCAACAAUCUUUAUGGUAGCCUAGGAUGUCCCAAGACCAACAGCACGUGGCCUGUGCUGCAAAUCAUAGAUUUAGCACACAACCAUUUGAAUGGUGAAAUACCGGCAACGUCUUUCGCAACAUGGCGGAAAAUGAAGGCUAAUGAAGAUGAUGGUAAUCUGGUAUUUUCGUACACUCCCCUGUACACAACAGAGACUAUUGGGAUGGAUGUUUAUUACAGAGAUACAAUAACAACCAUCAUCAAAGGUUUGCAGUUGGAUCUGAUAAAGAUUCUAACUAUCUUCACCUUGAUUGAUUUCUCUUCCAACAAUUUUAGCGGUUCAAUACCCAAGGAAAUUGGAGAGCUGAAAGCACUGUAUGCUCUCAACUUAUCUGGUAAUGCUUUCACAGGCGAAAUCCCAUCAUCCUUUGGUAACAUGAGUAGCAUAGAGUCCUUAGACCUCUCACAGAACCACCUGAGCGGCCAAAUUCCACCGCAGCUUUCAACUCUCACUUUCCUUUCGCACUUGAAUGUCUCAUAUAAUCAACUGACGGGAAGGAUCCCAACCAGUACUCAGUUUUCAACAUUUCCAAAUACCUCCUUCGAGGGUAACAAAGGAUUAUGGGGGCCUCCUCUGACAUGGGACACAACAAUCGUAUUGCCACCUCCAACGUUUAAUGGAAGCUCAAGUAAUCCAAAUUCUGGAGAUGAGAUUGAUUGGGAUAUCAUCAGUGUUGAAAUUGGAUUUACAUGUGGAUUUGGGAUUGCCAUCGGAUCGCUUUUGUUUUGCAAGAGAUGGAGGAAUUGGUAUUACAGAGCUAUGUUUAACAUCCUGUUCAAGACAUUCCCUCAGCUGGAACACAGAUUUGGUAAUCACAGAAGGCAUGCUUACAUAAAUCAAAGGUAUUGGAGACGUUGAAAUGGGUAGGAAGACCAAGCAUGCAGCUCAACUCCAUUUUGCCAGAGACUCCCCUGGCGUUUUUUCUCUGUAUUUUCAUCACAUGAUUACAAUGUAAUUGUUGUUGAAGGAAAAUCAAGUUUAGUGUGCCUUAUCAAACUAGGAAUAGGAAUAGGAGAGAAGGUUCUAGAUUUCCCAAUCCUACACGGAUUGGUAUUCCUUGUAACAUUAGAUUAUGCACUUUGUAAUCCCUAUAUAUAGGGCUCCUAUUCUCUAUAAUGAAAUACACUUCUCUCAUCAAUCUCUCUCAAUACCAAUAUACUUAAACACGUUAUCAGCACGAGCCCUAAACCACAAUAGCCAAAAAGCCAAAAACCCGAAAAGAAUUUCAUAUCGCCAAAACUGCCGCAGCCCCUAGCCCGUGCUAGCAUCGCUGCAGCCUGCCCCGCGUGCGCCCCUGCGCAUACUGCUGCCACCGAAGCAUCCUUGCACCUAGCCCCUUGCUAGCCCGCUGCUCCUGCAGCCCUUUCGGCCUGCAUACCUGCCAGCGCGCCCCCGCGCUCAAUUCGCUGCCUUGCAGCCCCGCGCCCGUGCGUCCACCCUACGCUGCCCCUGCAGCGUCCCUGCUUCCCCGCGCACACCUGCGCACGCUGCUGCCCCGCCUACGCACCCGUGCACCUGCAGCCCUACACCACUACUGCUGCCCCUGCAGUUUGCCUCCGCUACUCCUGCACCACUACUACCACCGCAGCCCCUGCUGCCCCGCAUUCGCUGCACGCUUCUACUCGGAUUGCUUCGCUCCAUCACGCCUGCAUCGACACGCGCGUGAUCCAAAACCAAAAAGAUGUCGAAACUUGACUUUCCUGCACUUACCUCAACUGGCUCGGAAUAUCAUAGUUGGG